AUGGCACCGACAAAAUUGAAAGAGUUGAAAGUACAAUUGCAAGAUCUACUGGAUAAGGGCUUCAUUCGACCUAGCAUUUCACCGUGGGGUGCACCGGUGUUAUUUGUUAAGAAGAAGGAUGGUACUAUGCAGUUGUGUAUUGACUAUAGACACUUAAAUAAAGUAACCAUCAGAAACAAGUAUCCAUUAUCACGAAUUGACGAUCUGUUUGAUCAGUUGCAAGGGGCAAAUGUGUUUUCUAAGAUUGACUUGAGGUCAGGAUAUCACCAGUUGAAGGUAAAGGAUAGUGACAUUUCUAAAACUGCUUUCCAAACUCGAUAUGGCCAUUAUGAGUUUUUGGUUGUAUUUUUGGGGCAUGUGGUAUCUGGGGAUGGUAUUUAUGUUGACCCGUCAAAAGUGGAAGCAAUGGUGAAAUGGGAAAGGCCUACUAAUGUGACAGAAGUCAGAAGUUUUCUGGGAUUAGUAGGUUUUGUAAUUUACACUGAUGCUUCACAUCAGGGUCUGGGAUGUGUUUUGAUGCAGAAUGGCAAGAGUUUGAAGUAUUUAUUUACACAGAAGGACUUAAAUUUGAGACAGAGACGUUGGAUGGAGUUAAUCAAAGAUUAUGACUAUAAUAUUCACCAUCAUCCUGGAAAAGCCAAUGUAGUAGCAGAUGCUUUGAGUAGGAAGUCUUCAGGGAGACUAUCUUGUGUACAAUGUGCACGGGUGGCAAAUAUUAUGGAGUUGAGAUUGAUGGGAGUUGAAUUGACAGUUACAAAUGAAGGAGCAUUCUUUGCACAUGUUAUGGUGAGACCUUUGUUGCUGGAUCGAAUUAAAGAGUUACAAAUUCAUGAUGUAUUCCUGGAUAAGAAAAGAAGAGAAGUUCAAGAAGGUAUGCAAACUGAAUUUAUAGUAAAGGACGAUGGGACUUUGUAUUUUAAAAGUCGAAUUUGUGUUCCAAAUGAUGUUUCUUUGAAGAAAGAUAUUUUAGAUGAAGCCCACAGUUCUAUAUAUACUAUGCAUCCGGGUAGUACUAAAAUAUACAAGGACUUAAAAGAAUACUAUUGGUGGAACAAUAUGAAGCGUGAAAUUGCAGAAUUUGUAACAAAGUGUUUGGAAUCCGAAGUUCACUUCGAGAUUUUGGUGUAG